CUCCUAGUCCAUUCCAUAGUACUGUGGCAGAGGUGAUACAUCCAUGUAAUCCAAAUGCCUGUCCCAACAACUAUGUGUGUGAAGUAAAUCGAAAGGGUUGCCAGGCUGGACAAGAUUGUCUUCCCUAUUUGUGUGUCCCAGGAUGCAAGCUGGGGGAAGCUUCAGAUUUCCUGGUGCGGCAAGGCACUGUCAUUCAACUACCUGUCACUAGCGGAGAAAUGGGUUGUUACAGAGUGUGCACGUGUGGCCCAAGUGGACGUCUGGAAAACUGUUUGGAGAUGCCGUGUAUUGAUGUGCAAAAGACUUGCAUAGUUGGAGGCCAGAGGAAAAGCCAUGGGACAUCUUUUAAAGUGGACUGCAACACAUGCUCAUGUUUUGCAGGGGCACUGAUCUGUUCAAACCGUCAGUGUUUGACUGAAUACAGUUCUCUAAUGGAUCGGACAAUGUUCACAGGUCUGCCCUGUAAUUGCGCUGACCAGUUUGUACCCGUUUGUGCCCACAAUGGACGUACUUACCCAAGUGCCUGUAUCGCACGAUGUGUUGGACUGCAGGAUAGUCAGUUUGAAUUUGGAUCCUGUGCAUCCAAAGACCCAUGCAUCUCUCAUCGAUGUUCAAAAAGUCAAAGGUGUAUUCCAAAGCCAAAAGUUUGUCUGACCAGCAUUGACCUGUUUGAAUGUGACCAGUACGAGUGUAUCUCAAAAUCAGUGAACUGUGAACUGCUUCCUGUUGAACCGGUUUGUGAUACAGAAAAUACAGAGCACUCCAAUCGAUGUGCCUUGUACCAAAGAUCCAAAUCUUUGUCCUAUAUGGGCCCAUGCCAGGAUAUGUGCGGAAAGCAACCAGUUUGUGGCCACAACGGUGAGACCUAUGAUAACGUGUGUGCUGCCUACUCGGAUCGUGUGGCAGUGGACUAUAUCGGACCUUGCCAAGCUGUGGGCAUUCGUCCCGAAUAUAAUUCUCACCCCGAGUGCUCAAAUGUUAUCUGUUCACCACUGCCGAGCAAUGGAUGCAAGCCCGUCACUCCACCUGGUGCCUGCUGUCCAUUAUGUGCUGGAAUGCUGCGGGUGUUAUGGAGCAAGGACCAAUUGGACAGCCUUGCCAAGUUAAAUGGGGGAAGACCGGUUUCUGUACACGACAUCCUUUACACGUUACGAAUCCAUGUAUCGGUGCCUCAGUGUGAUGUCUUUGGAUACCUAAGUAUAGAAUCAGACCUUGUCAUCCUCAUCAUUCCAGUUGACCAGGGUCCCACAACGCUACAGAUUGAAGCUUGCAAUAAAGAGGCUGAAAAGAUAGACUCUCUGAUCCAAUCUGCCAGUCCGGCUCUGAUGGCCCAUGUUCCUCUGUCAGCGCUCACUACCUCACAGGUGCAAGUUUCUUCGACACACUCGUCUGACUCUGCAGUGACAAUCCUCUCCUCAGCUGCACUUUUACUAAACCUGAUUGUUGCUUUGUCAGGGUUGUUAUAAUUCCAGUUACUUUUCUACCCGAGCAAGGCUACAUUUACUUUGCCUUUGAACUACAACUAAAAGGUAUACUUAAUGACUGAGCUACAAAUCUCAACAUAGAAACAAAAGAGGUAUAAAAAAAAGAAAGCCAAUGAGAAACACAAAGCUUAAACUUCAGUACUUUUUAAGUAGUAGUCCAAAAUAUAUCUUUAUACAAACCUUUUAAUGAAGGGUGUGUCUAUUGUAUUUAAAAUGAAAGCUGUUCAAGAUAGCUAAUAAUUUUAAUGUGUUUAUUUUUGUGAGAAGUUUGAAAGAAUUUGCAUCGUAAUGUACAGCAAUUUACAAGUGCAGAGUGCAGCAGGAAACUGGGCCGAAAGUAAGAAAUGACUGAGCUCACUACCUUUACUAAUUUAUCAAUUCUACCAGCAGAUCUGUCAAGCACAUUGAAACUUUAAUGGAAGUACACGCAAUGGCUACUUGAUUAGGUACAGGAGUGGAACCUGGUGUGGGCUGCUGCUGCUGUAGCCCAUUCACUUCAAAGUUCAAUGUGUUGUGUUCAGAGAUGCUGUUCACUGUUGUAAUAGAUGUCGUUAUUUCAGUUUCUGUUGCCUUCCUGUCAGCCUGAACCAGUCUGGCCAUUCUCCUCUGAAGUUUCUCAUUGACAAGGCAUUUUUGGCCACAGAAAUGCCGCUCACUGGAUGUUUUUUUUGUUUUUUGCACCACUGUCUGUAAACUCUAGACACUUGUGUGUGAAAAUCCCAGGAGAUCAACAGUUUCUGAGAUACUCAAACCACCCCAUCUGGCACCAAUAAUCAUUCCACGGUCAAAGUCACUUAGCUCACAUUUCUUCCCCAUUCUGAUGUUCGGUCUGAACAACAAUUGAACCUCUUGACCAUGGCUGCAUUGAGUUGCUGCCACAUGAUUGGCUGAUUAGAUAUUUGCAGUAACGAGCAGGUGUACUGAUGUAACUAAUAAGGUGGCCACUGUGUGUAGUUUAUACUUGCCGACCCACAGUUACAUAGAAUCUACAGCAUUGAAACUGACCACAUGGGUUAACUGGUCUGCGUCAAUUGUUUAAACUUCACAUGAACUUCCUGCUAGCCUGCCGGCUGACUGUCUGUUCUUUACAUCUGUUACUGGUUUCUACUUCAGAGUUCCCUAUUCUCAACACUUUGUUAAAGGUCACAUAAAUUGAAAAAACAUUUUUUUAAAUAUUUAAUUUUGUUCCACCAAGUAAAAAAUAUAUUUUUCCAUCUUUUAUUUUGACCAUUACCAGAAUUUCUUUCAAAACAAAUAUAUUAAUUCUCCUGGAAUAAGCCAUAUUACUAAUCAGUUAAUUUACAAGGAUACCACAUGCACUAUGGUAACCUCUUCCAAUGCAGUACAAUCCUAUGUAUGAUCUGUACAGAACUCCACUUAUAAACUACCUUCUUUAUUUGACUUCAACCUAUUUAUUUUACUUUUUUUGUUUUGAAUUUGUAUUUAAAUCAUCAAAACUUCUGCACAAUAUUAAUUCCAUUUCACUGGCUACUUUCCACUUUCUUUCAAUCGAUUGCAUUCAGCAUUCACUGCCUUUGCUAUGUGUUUUCCUUGAAAAUUGUUUUUUAUUGUUAAUUUUAAUAUCCUUCUCUUGGCCUUAUCGUAUUGAUCCUUGUGCUGUAAUUGCUUCAGCUGAUGUUCCUCCUAUAUCUUGUUUAAUCAUCAUAAAACUCUCAAAAAUGUGCAGUCCUCUUAUUCAGAAAUUCCAAUGGUUCGGCAUCAGGCUCUCCUGGUUGUUCCCAUGUGUGUAUCUCGUACUUCCUUUAAAUCUCCAAGAACACUGGAAAAGUUCUUAUACUUUAAAGAAAAUGAAUUUGAGUAUAUUGUGAAACUUUUCUAAUAGGGAAUUAACCUUUCCUCAAGAAGUAGAACUAAGUUAAUUGUGAUAUCUGGUCAUCCAAAAAAUCUCCAAAGUUCAAAGUAAAUUUAUUUGAGUGUCAGAUUGUUGGAGUUUUUCUUAAAUCUUCAUAUUUCUAUUUUGUUUUAAACUGUCAAUUUUGCUGUGCCAUUAGGUCACCACCACUAUUUGUUCGACUGUCUCUUUGGUCUACUGUCUCUUUUAAAAGACAUUACUUUUCAGUUUCAAAAUACACAUCCAUUUUCCUUUUCUAUUUAUUAUUAAAAACUCGAAGUUCCCAGUGGAUUUCAUAAAUGCUGCACAUAGUCUUCAAACACACAAACUGCUCAAGAAAUGGAGGGAAAAUGAACAGUUGAAAUUUCAGGCUGAGACCCUUCAUCAGGACUGAAGAAGGAUCUCGGCCCAAAAGGUCAACCGUUCAUUUCCCUCCAUAAAUGCUACCCCACCUGAGUUCCGCCAGCCUUUUGUGUGCUGCUCAAGAUUUCUAGCAUCUGCAGAAUCUCUUCUAUCUGUGUAGUUAUAAAGAUUUCUUUUAAAUCUUUGAAGUAAACGAUGAUAAUGAUGAUUGAAUGAAUAAUUCUAAGAGUGCUUCUACAAUCUGUAGGCAAAUCUGGCUUUCCGCAUGUAGAAUAAGGAGUUAUAGUAAUCUGAAAUAUGCUGCUGAAAAGCAGAUGGAUUAAUAUUUAAUUGGAAAACGGAUAAACAUUUAAAGAAAAAUAUUUGUUGGAUUGUAAGGAAAGUGCAGAGGGAUGAGUUUAAAUACAUUAAUAAUUUGGAGCAGAUUCAGGUUAUGCAAAUCAUAAACACAAGUGAUUCUGCAGAUGCUCAGCAGGUCAGGCAGCAUCUAUGGAGGGGAAUAAAUAGUUAACGUUUUGAGCCGAGACACUUCAUCAGGAUCUGAAACAGUGACUGUUUAUUCCUCCCCCUUAGAUGCUGCCUGACCUGCUGAGUUCCUCCAACAUUUUGUGUGUUACUCUGGGUGUGCAUUACUUUUUAUUGCCAGGGUAGAAAGGAUAAAUGUCACUUUUGACUCACGAGAAGGUUAAUGGCUUGGGUGGAAGUUUAUUUAGGGUCAAUGGAGAGUAGAAACCAAUUAAAGCAGAAUUCUUUGGAACCAAAUUACUAACUUUUGGCAGAUAAACCAUCAAUGGAAUUUAAGAAAUCAAUCUGACUACUCUUUGUUUCAGUAGUUAAUUCUUCACUGACGUAAGUUCAGUGUUUUUAACACCACCUGUCGUCACUCAACCACAACUCGGUAAUUUUGUGCUCUUUAACUUUAUGUAGUUUUUCCUAGAAAUAUUUAUAUGUUUAUUAUCAUUGUACUAAAAAGUUUACAUCCUAAUCAGUAUUACAGGCAAAGUUAUGUUUGAAGGAAAUGGUAGCACUUUCAUUGUAAAGAGCAUGAACAAGUUUAUUAUUAAUGUCUUUAUAUGUAGAUCCUCAUAGUCAUCGCCAUUUGAUCCCUGAAAUAGCAAAACUGAUAUGGAAUAGAACAUUACCGAUGAGUUCAGAUCUUUAACUGGUGCCAUUUUUACCUUGCAUUUUUUUUUGGACAAAAUCCUUACAAUGUGGUUUGAUUUUUAAGAGCCGUUACUUCCUUGACUCAAUAUGCCCCAGGUCAUUGUGAGCAGAGUAAGCCGUAAGGGUUUGUGUGAUGUGCUGUGAUAAAUGAAGUGAAAUGCAAUCCAAAUAACCAUCUCACUUGCUUCCUCGUUAGGACAUGAGUCCAGGAUCCAGGCACAUUGAUGUAGUUGCAGCACUAAAAGAAUGUUAGUGUUGUCUUGCAAAAAAGGACUGAAAAUUUGAACAGUUUUGAUGAAGUUAAUGUAAGAAAUAAAUUGGCACUAUUCCAAAGGACAUAGUAGCAGAAUUAGGCCAUUUGGCCCAUCGAGUCUGCUUCACCAUUCUAUCAUGGCUGAUUUAUUAUUCAUCUCAACUCCAUUCUCCUGCCUUCUCCCUAUAACCUUAUUAGUAAUCAGUAAGUAGUAAUUGAGAACCUAUGAACCUCUGUUUUAAAGAUACUCAAUGAUUUGGCCUCCACAGCUGUCUGUGACAAUGAAUUCCACAGAUUCAUUAUCCUCUAGCUAAAGAAAUUCCUCCUCAUCUCAGUCCUAAAUGGACAUUCUCGGGCUGUGACCUCGGAUCCUAGACUCACCCACUAUAGGAAACAUUGUCUCCACAUCCACUCUAUCUAGCCCUUUCAGUAUUGGGCAGGUUUCAUUCUUCUAAACUCCAGUGAGUACAGCAUCAAAUACUUACUAAAAGCAGACUAAUUUAGUUCCUCAUGAUUCCGAUCAACUUUUUUCCCCUCAACCAAUUCUGACAAAAAAAAAUCUGGCUAUUUACAUCAUUACUGUUCGCUAAACAAAGGGCAACUUACCACAUCAUUCACCAGUAUAACAGUAGUUGUCAUCAUUACCAGUGCCAUGUUGUAUGACAUGGGCAAUCAUAGUCUUCCAUCUGUCUUUAAUUUUAGAGGUUCUAAUAAGUUCUUCAAGAGUUUUUGCCCAUCCAUCCCUUGAUGUAACUCACAACUUUUUCUUCCAUUAAUAACAGUAUUAACGUUUGUAAAAUAUUUUCACUACCUGGAGAGUGCUUUGAAUUGACUUACACAGGUAUAAAUUGCUACAUUAAUGCAAGUUCUUUCCUGGAUGUUCUCUUUCCAGAGAAGCGUUCUAAAUUACAGACAGGAAUUGUAAGCAAUGCUCCAAUCCCUAGCCAUAAUCCUCAGAAUCAACAAUAACAAUAUGUUUAAACACAAAGUACAAUUGCAUCACAGCUUUGAAUUGCGUGACAAUGUUAAUACCUUUCUGUUUACUACAGAUAACUAUGCUUAGGCUGCUUUUUAAUUAUUUGCAACAUGAUGAAAUAAUUUAAUUUUUAUUUGAAACAGAUAGAAAAUAUAAUUACCAUUUCCCUAGUGUGUAGUCACAGCAGUGGACUUGAAAGCACUACAGUAAAGUUGCGAAAACACUACUAUCUAAUGUAGUUGUUAAGAAUUAAGGUUAGGAAUAUCAAACCCAUCUAACUAUCUUCAAAUCUGAUGACAUUUCCUCUGAAUUGUAUUGAUAGGGGCAGUGUUAAUUGUAUUCCAGAUCUCUCUGUGCAUUUAAAGCAGAGGUUCCCAAACUUUUUUUUAAGUCAAGGACCCCUAGGGGUCUGUGGACCACACUGCAGGCUGGGAAUCCUUGAUUUAAAGGUUGUUCUGAGGACCAGAAAGUUUCACGCGCUCUACAGACUCUGCAGGUUUCACAAAAGACAGAAAUCUGAGUACGUUCAGGCAAUAUAACCAAACCUUUCCCAAAUCCUACAUCUAACAGCUUGAGCACCUCAUGUAAAAUAAUCAGAAGCCAAUUCCAUUCAACACCCGUGAUUGGUUUUGAUAAUCUAUGCAAUGUGCAGCUAUCGUACUUUGAACCUGCACAUAACUCCCGAAUACGACCAAAAUAAUACUUUGGAAAUUUAAUAUUAAUCCUUCCCAUUGUAGAGUCUCAAAAUAUCCUAAAUCAGGUAAGACUCUUAUAAUAUUGGUAUUGAAACCCUGAUGGUUCAAGCAUUAUCCCAGUAAUGUCUGUCAUUAUUUAGAAUCACCAGGUGCACUCACUGAGGCCCCCGCUCCCUUCUCUCUCACUGGGACCCCAGAUUCCACUCUCCUUUCCCAAUCACAGAGACCCUGGUUCCCAUUAACCCUUCAAUGUACCAGAGUUACCUUUAUUACACUGCUGCUCUAGUUCUCACGUUCCCUUGCCCUCACUGGAGUCAUGAUAUCCACACUCACAGAGGCCACCGUUCCCAAGCUGUCUUCAGUCCUGGUUACCACUCAACUGGUUGUGCUUCCCUUGCUCCCCUCCAACUUAACUGGUCCAUUAGAAAAUGUAUCCUUCUCUGUAAUGUCUUAAAAAUGGUUAAAACGAUUUCCACAAGUCCAGAAAAUCUACCAGUCUGGUGCCACCAAGGUCCCCACAUGCCAGAUUAUUGGAGUUAGAAUGUAAUAACUACUCUGGUUUACCGUGAUUAAAAGUGAACGCCUAUGAAAUGUCAAUAGGCACUAUAUCAAUAUUUUCACCCAAAUAUCCCUUAAUGAAAACAAAUCACUUAAAUUAUUUAAUUAAAAAUCAACAUUAACAGAUCACUUGUGUGUUCUGAUGAAGGGUUGUGGCCCAAAAUGUCAUCUGUUUAUUCCCCUCCAUAGAUGCCCCCCUGAUCUAUUGAAUUCCUCUUGCAUUGUGUGUGUUUUGCUCUGGAUUUCCAGCAUCUGUAGAAUCUUGUGUUUAUCAAUUUACUGAUUUAUCUGCAUAGCAAUAAGUUAUGAAACUUCAAAAUGCAAAUUCAGGUUUACUCUGGUGCUCUUCUUUUUCUAAAGAGUUCACAAAAUUUGGAGGAAAUCAUACACAGCUUUUAAACUUCUUACGUAAAACUACACCUCACAUGGCUCCAUUGAUUUCUCCUGAUGUGAGACAGCUGAAGUAAUCUUUGUGCAAAUUGCAAUGCAUUUGUAGCAAAUCAAUUCAACUGUCAGCCACACAGAACCAAAUCAUUCUUUCUAAACUUGAGCCAUCUAUUCCUGACAACAUCCUCUUUUGUGCACUGUCCCGUACACUUUCAUUGAGAGCAUUCAGAUUUUCUGUUUUCAUACUAAGUUUCACUACUAGACCAUAAGACUUUAAGACAUAGGAGCAGAAUUGGGCCAUUUGUCCCGACAAGUCUGCUCUGCCAUUCUAUCAUGGCUGAUUUAUAUAUGACAUUAAUUCAACCCAUCUAAGGAUUUUGUGCUAAAUCAAGUUUUAUUUUAAAUAAGAGUUAGGUGCUUUUUCUUAAGAAAAAAGAUUUGUUCAUGCUUCUUUAAGUGAUACCAAAAAAGAAAAUAAAUUAAACCAUAAAAUUUGAUUAGAAUGGAAUACAUUUUCUGCAAAUAUUUGAAAUGAAAUGUAUUGAAGUUUAAGAAGACUUGUAAUGAAGGAGAGUUUUGCACAGUAAUUCACCAGUGUUGCCUUUUUAAGUUUUAAUUGAUAUUUGUACAUUGCAGAAAAUGUAUUUUAAAUGGUUGAUUUUUCUAUUUUCAGUUAAAGGGGAAGGAAUGCAGGGAGGGUGGGAGAUAUUAAAUAUAUAUAUAGAAAAUUUUGAAUAUGUAACCUUCCUUCCCCUUUAAGAAUUACAAUUUUUACUCAAGUAGUGAGUUUUGAAAGUGUGAGAAUAUUUUUUCUGUAUUUUAAGGCCAUUAUAUAUCUAUAACAGCACACAAAUGUGGGAUCUAUCAAUUUUCCAAAUUCUUGCUUCAUUUUAAAUGAAUUUUCCCAAAUCUAUCAGAAAGUAUCCCUCUCUUUGAGUAACAGAAUUGCUCUCUACUUUUGCUCAGAGCCAUGGUUAUAGUAUGACAAUCAUUUAAAUGUAUAAAAUAAGCUGGAAUUUAUUAUUUUAAUUAUCCUUGAAAGAUAAAAAAAAAUGAAGUGUUAAUUAAUGGGCUGGAGCUGAAAUAUUUAUAGUGUAUAUGCUAUUUAAAUUCUUAUGAAGGUUUUGAGAUACAACUUUAUGAAGUGCCAUAUGAAAGUAUUAAUGCGUGCUAACUGAUGGAGCAUUUUCAACUACAAUCCAUUUCUAAAAUGAGUGACAUUGUACUGUCAAGCUGAAUGUUGUGCACCAUCUUUACCUCUACCUUUUGCUCUUUAUUUUUAUACCUGGUGCGCACACAAGCCUAUCUUUUAUAUGAAGUCAGUUUUAUAUCUUCAGUAUUAUUUCAUAAGUACCUUCCAGAAAAUUUGUUUUCUAGUGGAAGAUGUGCAAAAAAAAAGAAUUUUGUCUAUUUUUAGAUUUCGUGAACUCGUAGGCACUUAAUGUAGACAAUGUAUCACAGUACAAGGACUAGUUCUCCUUGGAAAAAUACCAGUAUUUAUGUUAUAUAUGUUAAUUCUAAUAAAGAGGUAUUUUAAAUAAUUG